GUUCCAAACCAUGAGCUGUACUUGAAGGUGGGAACUCCUGUUAUGUUGUUGAGAAACAUUGACCAUGCAAAUGGAUUAUGUAAUGGCACCCGAUUAAUGAUUACAAGACUUGGUAACCAUGUUUUGGAAGCAAAGAUCUUGACAGGAGAUAAUGUAGAAGAAAGAGUAUUGAUUCCAAGAAUGACGCUCACUCCGGCAGAUCCAAGAUUGCCUUUUAAGUUCCAGCGGCGUCAAUUUCCUCUAAUUGUUUCGUACGCAAUGACUAUCAACAAAAGUCAAGGCCAAUCUCUUUCUCAUGUUGGCUUUUUUUUGCCAAAACCUGUUUUUACACAUGGUCAGUUGUACGUUGCUAUUUCGAGAGUUCGUAGUCGUAGUGGUUUGAAAAUCUUCAUUUCUGAUGAGGAUAGUGGUGACGGUACGACUACUACCAAUGUUGUAUACAAAGAAGUCUUUCAGAAUUUAUAA